ACGAACCAUCUAACUUACUACCCUAUCUUAUCGACACCGCCUUGCCCGUCAUCACAUACACCUUUUGAUUUCGUUACUUUGAGAUAACUUGUAGAGUUCCAAGUGCUUUGAUCAUGCCCUACAAUCCUGCGCUAUUGCGCACCCCGCCGCCAUUGGAUGAUACGGGUAUUCGCGAAACACCUCGACCCGUCAAGGCCAGGAUCACCGAGUUGGAGAAACAGAACAACAUCCUGCUCAACCAGAAGCAUGCUCUCGAGCGGAAACAACAAUCCGAGCUUUCCAAGCUGCAAAGCGAGAUCCAGGCUCUGACAUCUUCAACCUCGUCCUCGACUGCCGCCGCUCAACAAGCUCAGGCCGACAUCAACAAGCUCCAAAAGCUUUGCGAUCGAUAUGCUUCAGAACUCAAAGAGACGAAAGAGGCGUUGUCUGCGGCUCAGGCGGAAGUGCUGAAGGGCAAGACUUUCGGGGAAGGGAUGUUCCGGGAGAAGAUGAGGAUCGUGGAAAAUGAGAAGGCUGAGAUGCAGUCCGAGUUCAACCUCAAGGUCCAGUUGACCGAACAACGAACGGCCCUGAAGUUGGCCAAGCUGGAAACUCAGCUGAUCGAUACGGAGCGGAAGGUCCUGCAAGCCGAUCAGGAGAAGUUGCAACUGAAGAAUCGGCUGUCAAAAGCUUCUGCUGAUGCCGCUGACCUCAAGGACGAGAUCGCGCACACUGCCAGUCUCUCAAAGGAAGUUGAGAAACUGCGGGAAUCCCUCAGGAAAGCCGACGUCCGUUGCGAGUCUGCCGAAGGAGCUCUUGAAACCCUUAAGGAAGCCCGGUCGGCCAGCGAUUCUGGCGCACAGGUCAAGCUCGCCGAACUCCAAGCGUCCAUCUCUGAGCUGAAAGAAGAAGCUUCCGAAGCUCAACGACAGGCGACCUCAGACAAGAAGACGAUCGCCAAGCUCGAACGUAACGUCAAAUCUCUACAAGAACGCGAGACCCAGCUAGAAAAGGAGGUAGAGGAGCUCUCUUCCGAAGAAAAGGCCAAGGGAGGGGAGACCGACAAGCAGGUCAAGGCGAUGAGACUCGAGCUGAAGGGCGUCAAGGGCGACUUGAAGAGCAAGGAAGAAGAGGUCAAGGAGCUCGAAGAUGAGAUGGAGCGGAUCAGGAAGGAGUUCCGCGAAAAGGAGAAAUCGACCAAGCGGGAGAACAGGGAGAACGUCGAUCUCAAGGACAAGAUCGCUAACCUCGAAGAAGAAAUCGACUCUCUCCGACGUAACAACGCUGCUUUGGUCGAGAAGGCCAAGAAGUACCGCAACGAGGCUCGAGCUGCUUCUUCCGCUCAACCUAAGGAGACGGAGAAGCCUGCUUCUCCAGAACCCGUCAAGAAGAAGGUAACUCGGCCGGUACCGGAAAUCACGGUUACAAACGAAAGCGAAGAGGAGGCGCAGGCAGAGGUCGCCAAGGCUCCUAAGCGAGCUGCCCGGGAGGCGGCCGUGACGAAGAAACCUAGCAAGUCCAGGUACACUGUGGCUUCGGAUGAUGACGAGGAGGAAGAAGAGGAAGUCUACGUUCCGAAACCAAGGGCCGGACGGGCUGGUCGUGCGGCUUCCAAGACCACUUCCCUGGCAGAGGAGUCGGGACCAGAGCGAGACGACGCUCCCGUAAAGAAGGCUGCCAGAGCUUCGCCAGUCGAGUCGAUCACCAAACCGGUCUCGCUCGCUCCGAAACCGAAGUCCCGACCAGCGCCCGGCUUUGGCAAGUCGCGCCUAGAGCCCACUAUAAUGGAGGAGGACGAAAACGACGAGAAUGAACCGGAGGAACGGGAUAGCGGGAAACGCAAGAGUAAAGACGUUCUGGCCCCGGUCGAAGUCGAAAAGAAGAAGAAGCGGAAGAUCGGUGCGGUCGCUCCGCUUGCACCUGCUUUCGACUUUAACGGCUUCCUAACCGGAGCCAGUUCGGGUAACUCGUUGAUCCCGUCAAUAUUAUCGCCCAUGAAGCCUACGAGUUCUAGUCUACCACGUAACUCGCUCAGCAUGAGUCGAAGUUUCGGCAGUAGCAUCUCGAGCUCCAGGAAGAUGUUCGGGGCAGGUAGUGGGAGAAUAUGAUACGAGAGGGCAGUGAUGUGUAUUUGUACGUAUAGCCAGUUGUAUGCCUGGCGGCAGUUUCGCCUUUAUAAUCCGUUUUACAAGUGUGA